AUGGAAGAAUCUGAAAUAAAGGUUAUUGACUGUGAAAUAAAAGAAAUUGAAAAAGAAAUAAGAAAACUAAAUGAACGUAAAAAAGCUUUAAAUAAGCGUAAAGAAAAAUUAAUGAAUGAUGUUAUACGUCAAAAAAGUUUAGAAAAAUCUAAACGAGAUUGGAAUAAUAGCAAUUUUCCAUGGUCUAAAAAAUUAAAAAGUACAUUAACAGAGGUGUUAAAAAUAAAUAAUUUUAGAGAGCAUCAACUUUCUGCGAUUAAUGCAGUGAUGUCAGGAGAAGAUACGAUAUUAGUCAUGCCAACCGGUGGUGGAAAGAGUUUAUGCUAUCAAUUACCAGCAAUAGUAAUGAGAGGAAUUACCAUUGUUAUUUCACCUCUAAUAGCCUUAAUAGAGGAUCAAAUUCAUGGACUGAAAAAGCUUAACAUUCCAGCAGGAAUGUUGACUUCAAACAAAAGUGAAGAAGUCAAGUUAGCAUGGGCUGCUCUUGACGGUAAAAACGAUAACGUUAAUUUAAUAUAUAUAACUCCGGAGUUUAUGAAAAAAUCGAAGAGGUUUAUGGCUAAAUUACAGAAAGUAUUCAACCAGAAACGCUUGAAACUAUUUGCAAUUGAUGAGGUUCAUUGUUGUAGUACAUGGGGUCAUGAUUUCAGACCAGAUUAUCAGUUUCUUGGUUGUUUAAAGGCCAUGUUUCCCGGGAUACCUAUUUUAGGACUCACUGCAACAGCCACGACUGCUAUUCUUGAUGAUGUUCAACAAAUGUUAGAUAUCCACGGAUCUUUGAUACUCCGAGCAACAUUUAAUCGACCCAAUUUAUAUUAUGAAGUACGAAGGAAACCUAAUGAUAAGGAAAAUUGUUUGGAGAUGCUUGUUACCUUAUUGAAAAGCCGAUUUUCUGAUAAAUCUGGAAUUAUAUAUACAACGACAAUAAAAGAUGCUGAAACCUUGACAACUAGUCUUCGUGACCGUGGACUUAAGGUAGGAUGCUACCAUGCAAUGUUAGAUGCUGAAGUGCGAUCAAAAAUGUAUAAUAAAUGGAUCACUGGAUCAUACCAAGCCAUAGUUGCAACAAUAGCUUUUGGUUUAGGAAUUGAUAAACCUGAUGUGCGAUUCGUAAUUCAUCAUUGUAUGUCCAAGUCAAUGGAAAAUUAUUACCAAGAAAGUGGAAGAGCUGGACGUGAUGGAAAGAAAGCUACAUGUAUCAUUCUUUAUCGACUUGCAGAUAUUUUUAAACUCAGCACUAUGGUUAUUGGGGAUAAGGUUGGCCUUAGAAAUUUAUAUAAAACUCUUGAUUACUGUUUGAAUAGUAAUGCUUGUAGAAGAAGUUUAAUAGCUACACACUUCAAUGAAAAUUGGAGUAAAGAAGACUGUAAUUCUAUGUGUGAUCAUUGUGCGAAAUCUAAAAAAACUACGUCAACAGAUAUAGCACCAUAUUGCCGUCAAAUCUACAAAAUCAUUGAUAAAGCAGCAGAUACAGAAACAAAUUUAACUUUAUUAAAAUUAUUAGAUGCAUGGUAUGGUAAAGGCACUGCUUCUUAUAGGGUUUCUUCAGUUCCUGUGCCAAAAUUCUCAAGAGAAGCUGCCGAAGCUAUUAUUGCUUUCCUUCUUAUCAAUGGAUAUCUUAAAGAAGAUUUCGUAUUCAAUGCUUAUGCUAAUUUGACAUAUUUAGUUCGAGGUCCAGAUUCUUCUUUAGUGACGGAUAGUAAUUAUAACAUUCUCUUUACUCAUGAUGAGACUCUUAAAAUAUAAAGCUUGGCAUUUAUAAUAGUUAUAAUAAGAUAAGGUUAACAAAUGUGAUGAUUAAAAUGGACUAUUUUUUACGGUUGAAUUGUCGUAGUGGAGUACCGGAAAGUUGUGGUUUCAAGUUGACCGCCACAAAUCAGGUGGGAUUAUUGAUCCUAGAAGAGCAUUCAUGCUGAUUCGUGCUUUGACUGUCGUCCAACUUACGUCGUGUAUGGCGUCAUUAUUUUAUUCUAUGAAACUAUAUCAAUUUAUAAGAGUUUUCAGCGUCUUUAUUAUUUAAA